AUGCCGCUGUCCCCUUCCGUUUUUCGAGUUUUGGUUGUCGGCUUUGUGGCCCUGGGUAGUUUGACCUAUGGCUACAGCUCCAGCAUCAUCUCGACUACCCUCGGGCAGCCGUCCUUUCUGGCCUAUUUCGAGCUAGACACCCGGUCCAAUGCUACUCAGCUCGAAGGUGCCAUCAAUGGACUGUUCCAGGCCGGUGGUCUAUUCGGCUCCCUGUCUUGCCUUGGCUCGGCGGACCGACUUGGUCGUAAAAUGGCCAUCCUGGUCGCCUGUCUGGUAACCGUUGUUGGCGGGGCGCUGCAAGCUGGCAGCGUUAAUAUUGCCAUGUAUCUUGUGUUCCGCUUUAUCACGGGUAUUGGUGUUGGUGCUCUGGUUGCCCUGGUCCCUUUGUACCAGUCGGAAAUAUCACCGCCAAAGAUUCGUGGGUUCCUGGUUGGUACCCACGGCGUCAUGAUUUGCGUUGGAUAUGCGCUUGCAAGCUGGGUCGGCUUAGGCUUCUAUUUUGUCAAUGCCUCGGGUUCUCAGUGGCGUCUCCCCCUGGCCAUUCAGUGCCUGCCGCCGCUCAUUCUGUCAUGUGGCAUUUAUUUCCUGCCGGAGUCUCCUCGAUGGUUGAUCGACAAUGACCUAGCAGAAGAUGCCUUGAAGUCCUUCGAAUCUAUCCAUGCCGAAUCGGACUCUUCCAUUGCCAAUGACCACGAAGCCUUGGUCGAGGAGUUCAACCUCCUCCGGUCUCUGAUUGUUCAUGAGCGGCAGCAGAAACACUCUUUCGUUGAUAUGUUGAAGAGUCCUGCAAUGCGUAAGAGAUGCUUGAUUGGAUUUACUGUCCUCUUUGCAUGCCAGGGUACAGCAACUUUGGUUAUCAACAACUACGGUCCGUCCCUCUACAAAUCGCUAGGAUUUGAUACCGUGAAGCAACUAAUAAUCCAGGGCGGCUGGAUUACUGUCUGUCCUGUUGGGAACUUUAUCAAUUCUCUAAUUGUCGAUAAAAUCGGUCGUACCCGACUGCUAAUGUCGGGUUUCGUUGGAACCAUUGCUGCUCUCAUCGGCGAGUGUGUUAGUCUAAGCUAUUACAACAAAACAGGCUCCACCGCCUCGACAAAUGCUGCCGUCUUCUUCCUCUUCAUGCACAUCGCAUGUUUCUCUGUGACUUGUGAUGCAACCUCGUACAUUUACGCAUCCGAGAUCUUUCCCACGCCCGUACGUGCCAAGGGUCUUGCAAUUUCUGUCUCUGGUCUUUUCGUCGCGACUAUCAUCUUCUUGGAGGCUGCUCCUACGGCCUUUGCUGAAAUUGGAUGGAAGUAUUUCACCGUGUUCAUUGCGGUCACAACUCUGAGUUUCUUCUUUGUUUGGCUAUUCUGCCCUGAGACAAGCCAACGCUCGCUCGAGUCUAUUCCCGAGCUGUUCGGUGACUCUGUCGAGGCUGCUGAUAUUAAACCAAUCGCUGAAGUGGCCGAAGUAACAGAAGUUGGCGAAUUCUAG